AUGGAGAGGAAGUGUAGUCUCGACAACCUGCCCACUGAGAUCCUGCGUCAUAUCUUCGAAUCCUUUGCCGCCGUUCCCGUCCGUGCCCGACGAAAUAUUGAAGUGCCGCAAUUCAAUCUCUCACGGGAGGGAAAGCAGGCACUGAGGAAUGUCUCGCAAACCUGCCGAGUACUCCGGGAAGUCACACAGCCCCUGCUGUUCCGACACCUCUGCUUCUCCGUGCAGCAGCCUCCCGACCUCGAGCUUCUCUCUUCAUUGAUGCCAAAGAAAGAGAGUCCAGUCGGCCCCGGAACGAGGAUGGGCCGGCGCUCAAGAAGUCAGAUGGAAUUCCUGAGAACUCUCGCGGAGCAUUUUGGACUGCAGGUGACAGACGGUUGGCUGCAGCCCGGUAUCCAGCGAACUCGUGUCUUGGCGAUGAUGGUUCUACUACAAGUUCGCCAUAUCCAUACGUUGGAGCUCCGUAUCAAUAUCAAACGGCUCUUGAAAUUUCUCCCCAAUGGUGACGUGGGAUUUCCGACGCGCUACGAUGCGCUUACGGACAUUCGGCUUGGCAAGAACACAUGGUUAACGUACGAUACUAAGCGUGAAGAAGACCCGUACUCCGACGUCAGCGGCGCGAGACGUCUGCUGGAACCAGCACCGCGGCGCGAGACAGUCCAUCUUGAUUGGUUUGCUGGAUGUAGCAAUGAUGAAGGGUUGUCUGCCGUGGAUUGGUCCAGCGUGAGGAACCUGAGCUUGCAGCGCCUGGGAGCUCGCGGUGAUGACGACGGUGGGUGGACGCUUCGUCGCAUUGUGUCGGCUUGUCAAGACCUGCGAGAAGUGUCAAUUGGCCUGACGGGCGGCGAGGACGACACAGAGAUCGACGUGCUCUUACAAGCCAUGACGGAGCACAGAAGGGCUUUGCGGGCAGUAGACUGGAGUCGGUUUGCCGGAGAUCAGACGAACGAUCUGGAGGAGAUGGCGAGAAGAUGCCAGAACCUCGAGGUGGUCAGCUUACCGGACAUGCGGAGAAGCUUGUGGCUGAUCGAUGGUCUUCCCCCAUCGCUACGUUGGCUGUAUAUUCCCGACCAUGGGCAAACUGGAUACAGCUCGAUACCAGAGUGGCAUGCCCAACUCUUCCAUUUGGUAGCUUUGCUCAGAAUGAGGGUGCUCGAACUGAGAAAUCUCCCAAAUUUCCAAGGGGUGGUCGUCUCAGCCUUCGAUUGUGCACACGGAUGGCGGUGUAUGUCUGCGCUGCAAAGCGAGCUCAGCAUGGGCCUAUUGCAGAAAAGCCCCCUGCCCAUAGGCGAUUUUGACACGGAUUGUGAUCUAGCGAAAAAUGUUCGACAGGAAUCGUUCAUGCUACUCAACGCCGGACUCCCCUGUAGCGUGGAAUUCGAUGAUUUCCGUCGCAAGCUGGAGAUUUGGCCAGGCACUUUGCCUGGCCGGAAUGAUCCAGGGCUAUGGUGGACUUUGUUGAUGAGCAAGGGAGAGGAGGGGGUCAUGGUUCGAGUAGUUGAGAGGACCGGAAGCGCUGUGGGGGAUAUUGUAUCUUGGAACAUGACGAAAAGGUUCGAUAGUGGUCUCUGCGGCGGUGCCACUACAGAAAGUGGCAGGCUACAAACACUGCUCCAGUUCAUGUCGUCCUUGUAA